CUCCAGCGCUGCCCCGCAGCACCCCCGGCCGGGCUCAGCGCGGGAUCCCCGCCCCCCCCGCCGGGCGGGAUUCCCGGCCCCGCCGCUCUCGGGAUGAGUCGCGGCUGCCCCGGGCCGGGGGGAGGGAGGAGCGCAGGGGGAACUCCCGCUCCGGAGCCCCUAUAAGAGCCGGGCCCGGCCCGCUCCGACAGCAGCGGGAUGGAGCGGAGCGGCAGCACCGAGAGCGGCUCCGGCAUCACCGGGAUCACCGGGAUCAUCGGGAUCACCGGGAAUACCGGGAGCGGGCGGGCAGCGCCGCCUGGCGGCCCGCGGGGGGCACUGCUGCCCGCGCUCUGCCUGCUCCUGGCGCUGCUCCCGCUGCCCCCGGCCCGGGCACUGCCCACCCCAUCCCGGGCACUGCCCACCCCCGCGGCGCUGAACCGCUCCAGGGAGCUGCUGGAGGCCGCCGACACCUCCCUCCAAAGGCUGAAGGAACUCAACACCCUGGGAUUUGAAUGUACCCUUGAAGAGGUUGAUCCUGAAGAUAUCACUAAGAACCAAACAAACACAAUAAAAGCUUGCACAUCUGAAGGUCUAGAGACUGGGAACUGUCCAGCACUGGAAGGAUCAACUUUUGAUAAGAGGAAAUGCCUGCAGGGCAUCUAUGAGGAUCUGAGUGCCUACAGGGCAGAGCUCAACAACUUCCACGAUCACAAGGUGCUGGCAAGUCUCGAUGAGAUGAUGAAAGUGAGUAUUUUCUGCCUCCUCCCUCUCCUCAGAGACCUCAAAAAUCGAUGCCAGGCCCUGAACAGCAGCCGGAAGGUUCCGGAGCCGCCGGCGGGAGCAGGCCCGGAGUCAUUCCCGGAGAGGCUGCGGCUGUGCCGGGUGCUCCAGGCCCUCCGGAUCCGCUCCCUCACCAUCUCCAGGAUGAUGAACUUCCUGAGCUCCCCGGAGAGCUCCCUGUGAGCGCCCCCAACCUGAGGAUUCCUUGGAGAGAAAAAAAAACCAGCGGGAUCGACCCCCUGCCACGUGCUCGGGAGGGGGGUUA